GCACACUGCUUUUUGGGAACCACUAUCGUUUUCGAAAAUUCGACGCAUGAUUGUAUUUUUGUGAGUGAUUUCCUUUGUUCAUCUGUAUCGCCGCUGCUGUGUGUUUAAUUUGCCAAAACUGAAUUAAAAUUUGUGCAAGACUUAAGAGUUUGUUUGGUCGUAUUAAAUCGUCAAUUAGCAUUCAUCUAGAUUGCAAAACGACAAAGACACAUUAAAUCUGAUUGACCUGCGACCGAUAGUCGCAACAGAUCAAAUGACUACUUAUCGCUGAUAGUAAAGUCAAGUACUGAUCAAAUGUCUUAAAGGGUAGAACGUUAGGUUUUUACUCUCUUGCAAAUCUCCAAUUAUUAGAGCAUAUCCCUGUGAUAAAUAGUUUUAUCAUGUCUACAACUCCUACACCGAGGAGUCCUAGUAGUUCAGGACGUAGAGGAGUAACAUCAGCUUUACCUGUGGUCUCUGCUGUACAAGGGACUCCUCCUUCAUCACCUUCUCUUAGUGAAUCCACUAAAGAGGUUAAACCCAAUCCAAAAAUGUCAAAAGCACUCAGUACAUCGACUAAAAGAAUACAAAAGGAAUUGGCUGAAAUUACAUUAGACCCUCCACCAAAUUGCAGUGCUGGACCUAAGGCAGACAAUUUGUAUGAAUGGGUUAGUACCAUAUUAGGACCACCAGGAUCUGUGUAUGAAGGUGGAGUUUUCUUUUUAGAUAUUCAUUUCACUCCAGAAUAUCCUUUUAAACCGCCUAAAGUAACUUUCAGAACUCGUAUAUAUCAUUGCAAUAUUAAUUCUCAGGGUGUCAUUUGUUUGGAUAUAUUAAAAGAUAAUUGGUCACCUGCUCUUACUAUAUCUAAGGUGCUGUUAUCUAUCUGUUCUUUAUUGACUGAUUGUAAUCCAGCUGAUCCACUUGUUGGCAGCAUUGCUACACAAUAUUUACAAAAUCGUGAUGAACAUGACAGAAUUGCUAGAUUAUGGACUAAAAGAUAUGCUACAUAAUCAACUGUAACUUUAGAGAGUGCAGAUUUUUUUUAAGUAGUAAUAAUAUAAAAUCCUACAUUUAUUCAUAUAAAUUUGGGUGUUAAAUAAUAAAAAAAAAAUUUAAUACCUUA